UGUCAUAGAGAAAACUGUAAGUGAACAUUAAGGUUUUUAAUAAAUAGUAUGGAUAUGGUCAUGAACAUGAUGUAUAGCUACAAGUGCUUGUUCUUUCUGAACCUGACGGACGAGCAGCUGCUAUUAUUCUUGAAUUCAGAUGCCCUCGUGAGAGCAACGGCCGGCGAUUUGUAGUGCACCACAUAAAGCUCCAGUCAUGAAUGGUAGCACGGAAGGCGAUGCCGCUGGUCUACCAGGACUCCCGGGUACUCCUGUUGCAGCGGAGGUCAAUCUCCCGAAUCGACGUGGGGGAGCGUCU